AUGCUUACUGCUGAUGAUGGUUUGAUUGCCGUCGUCAUCGGCAACAGGAAGGACCAACGAGCUGAGCUUGAAGUCUGCAACAACAUUCGAACAACAGGUCUCCUGGUGAACCACGAUCAAUUGGUAAAGAGCUACUUCCAGCAUCGUUCCGCAGACGAGCUGUCGAUGUGCAGCCCGGAGUGGCUGCGGGAGAAGGCCCUGCGCCUACAGCGAGCAAGAGCUCGCAUCCGGGUACGCCGCGCUCAGGCGGCCUUGGUCCAGCCACCACGGCGCGACUUGUUGCGCCUCGAGUCGCACCACAGCAGACCUCGUUACAGGUCGAGUCGGUUGCCGGUCAUGGGAAAAGGCUGGGAUCAGAACAAGCCAAAGGGCAACGGCAAGCCCUCUGGCGGCUCGCGAUGGGGAUACUGGCGUGGCUCUUGGGGGAGCCCCUCUUACAAGGAGCAGGAUUAUGGCGCUUGGGAGAAUGCGGAGCCGUCUUCAGCGUUCCCUGCCUACGAUGCCAAGGACCGUGCCUCGGCGGUCAAGCGAGCCGAGAAGGAAGUACCCAAGGCUGCUGGCAAAGCGGCAGGCCGUGGGAAAGAUGCUCCAGAUCCCGAAGGUUACCUCACGGCUGGUCUUCAGGAUUAUAUCAACAGUACACGCAAGGCAGAGCAACGAGUGAGAAACCUCACCGCGACGCGAGCUCAGAAGGUGAAGUUGUGGGAGAAGUGGCAGGAGGACAUGAAAGUGUCGUACCUGCGCGAGCUCACCCGUUUCGAGAAAGCGAUGCGUACUUUGGAUGCAGACCUGGAGGCAGCUGUUGGAGCUCGGGACGAGGCAAGACAAGCGAUUCGCCAGCACAUCCAGAACGAGGGCCACGUGGCCGUCGACGCAGGCGAGGAGGAAGAGAUCAAUUGGGAGGAUAUGACGCGACAGUGGAGGCAAGAACAACAGGAACAAAAGGACCAGGAUGCUCCUCGGGAAGUUUUGCGAAGGGCUAUGAAGCUGCAGGAGGCGCCUUCUGUGGCUCCGCCCGCGGUGGCCCCGAGUCUUGGAGGCCUCAUGACUCCCGAGGCAGCAGCAAAGCUUUUCAUGGCGACAAUGACGGGACAGAUGAUGAGUGCCUUUCAGCAGGAGCCAAGGGCGGCCGAUGUGAGCAUGGCCGGUGCGCCCUCCGCUAUGGCCCCCCUGCCAUCACAGGCUGCUGGUGCCGUGGAUCCGAGCCUUGCUGCCCCAUAUGUCGCAUCGCCUUCUACACGGCAUACGGAACACCCUACCAGUCCCAACUUGCCGCCCAAGGGUACUACGGCUCCUCGUCCUCGGCCCAGUCCCCGUCAACCAUUGAAAGGUGCACCUCUGCAACCGGUGCAUACACAGACGCCAGCCAAACUGGAGUCCAAGUUGGAAGCAAAGCGGGCAGCUCUCCAGUCGGAGAUGGAGGCUGCUGCAACAGAUGCGGCCCGGGAGUCAGCGGCGCAGGCCACACGGAGUGCCGAAGCCCCGCAGCGAGUGCAGCUCAACGACGACGACAGUUCCGAUGUGGAGCCUAUGGAUCGCGGUCCACCAGGGAGCUGUCGGCUCACUGGGUUCGUGAACUCGGCGGUUCCUCCCCGCUUUUACUGCACCCAGGCGGUUGAGCAAUUUCAGGCUGCACUCCCAGAUGUGUUGAUGCAGGACGGGCCUCUAGCUUCGACAGAUGAUGAGACCCGGCCGCAUCUGCAGCGUGUUGUGCCGGUUGUUCCUCAGCCAAAUCGUGGCGCCGCCGCAUUCCUGGCGUUUCCUGCCUGCUUGGACGACUUCGAGCGAGUCGCUGUUGUUCUGGACCUCUCGCAUGUGGGAGGAGGUGUGUUUGCGGUGCAUCUUGCAUCAGGUUGCACUGCUGAGGCUUUGCUUCACCUUGUACGAGCAGAGGUCAAUUGUGAGCUUGAGGACGUUGCCAUACAUGUCAAUGCAGCCACCGAGCCCACAGAUCGCAACGAGGCCCUUGGUGUAGCUCAUGGUAGCCUUGUUGUGUUGCUACGGAGGGAGUCUCCUGUGCCUGCACAUCAGGAUAUUGUCUCUCUUCUGCAGAGCACGGACACUUGGGAGCCUGUUGUUGAGCUGAGGGUUUCGAGCGGUGGCCAUGCUGUUGCAGUCUGGUUUCGUGAUGAAUUCCAUGUGCUGCAGCCCGAGCGCUUCCCAGGUCAAGAUGUCCUCAGUGUAAUUGCAGAUCGCUUUCGGGUGCCUGCUUGCACUCUGCACAUUGCCAGUACGCAAAGCCUCGAUGCAUUUGCGAUCAACGGUGAGGCAUGCUGCACCCUUUCAGUCGUUUCCGAAUAUUCUGGUCCGGCUGAUGACGAUUUUGGGCAGUACACUGCAAGAGAUGUGCUUAGCAUUGUCUGUGAUCUCCGUCCUGCCGGAUUCGUGCCCCUCGUUGUCCGAAUGGAAGAAGACUUAUGGGAUGUUUCUGCCCUUCAACGACGUCUUGCAGUGCCUAGCACUGAAUCUUGGCUUUUUGGCUUUGAGGAGGUUCUCAAGAGUGGAAGCUGGCAGGAUCCCUGCCUUGCCGUGAUCCGCGCUGUGCAACUCUCGGCAAGCAGGCUUGCAGAAUCUGCUCUCAGGGCGCAGGACCCCUUUGGUUUGAUUGCAGCUGUCGUCCAGGGGUCGCACCUUCUUUCUUCUGGUGAACCUACGCGUGUCGGGGCUCUUUCGACUCCACGGCAGGGUCAGCUCCGCCCCGCCAUCGCUUCGGAUUCUGAAACAAGCGCAACUGGGUCACGUGGCCCGCCCGUUGAGGGACAGGUUCUUGUCUUGACGGUUGAUAGGGCUAGCACGGUUUUUGAGUUCGAGCUAGCAGUCCCGGCGACUAUAGCUGAAUUGAUCGCUGUUGUCGAUGAGGAGCGGGCGCCUGCCUUUUACCUCCAAUACCCCAACCUCGUUGAGGUUCUGCCACAGCCAUCCUCUCGAUGGGCGACCCUUUUAGCUCUCCCUGGGUGGACCGCUGCAGCGGAUGUUGUCGUCUUGGAUACCACGGGUAUCGACGGGCGCAUCUUUCCGGUUUGCUUUCCACAUCUUGCGAGCUUUGCGCGCAUUUGCGAACUUGCCGGUCUUUCUCCUGAUGGCAAUUUUGCUAUCUUUCCGUUUGGCGCGCAGGUGCCCCUUGCACAGGAUGACGCUGUGCGCAUUGUGCAGCACGGCUGUGUUUUCAUCAGGCAGCAGGGCGCUCCGCCCCCUGUUACAGGCUCGUUACUUGACAUGUUGUCUUCUGCAGCAGGCUGGGAUGUGGAGGUCGAAGUGCCGCGCGGACCCGGGGGUCUUCGUAGCAAUUUUGCUUGCAUUGUUCUUGAGGAAGGAGCGCGUCUGCUUACUCUCAGGCCCUUGCACGGCAGGCAUCAUCUUGAAGCCCUCGCUGAAGAGUACGGCUUGCCGUUGCAUUGGACAACUGCUCAGGCCACCAGGCCCUUGGUGCAGAACGCCUGCCAUCAAGGCUACAGGUGCAAAGGUGUUGCGCUUGUUUCCAGCGCUUUUCCCAAUGUCCCAGUCCCCCCUGCGCGACACAGGCCGGGGGAUUUUGUGAUUGCUCUGGACUGCCGUUCACUCUUUCAAGGGUGGCACCAAUAUGUUGUACGAGACUUUCGCUGUUCUCACUCGGAAAUCGCCAUGCAUUUUGACACUUUUGCACCAGACGGUUUCCUUGUCCAGAUUGAUGGAGCUAGCUUGGAAGAUGACAAUUUGAUUGUCAGCAAAGGCAUGGUCCUUACUCUCACUUGGACUCCGGUUACCCCUGCAUCGCAGAUUCAAGAGGCGAUCGUGAUUCGGAUCCUGUUAGCGCUGAUUAUGCAGGUGAUCAUGUGCUCCCCACCGAUGUCCGGGGAGAUGAGCGGCGUAGCCGCAGCCGGUCUCCUCUCGGACAUGCAGCGGCGCAUCUGCUUUUUGCGUCAGUGCUGGCUGCCCAAGGGUCAAGUGCCGAAUCUGCACGAGUUGCAAGGGUCCCCGAUUUUGAUUUUGGUCCAUUGCAGCGUCCUGUUCCCGCGGCCUUGCUGCCGGUGCCGGCCCCCAUUGCCGGAGGUUGUUCGCCAGCCUGUUGAUAUCCCUUUCCUGGUCUUUGCUUGCGAGUACUGGCCUGAAACCCUUUCUGUUGUGUUGGCGCCGCCGGUCUCCGUGUUGCAAGCCUUGGCAUCCGUCAAUGAAGCCCGCGACGGCUUCUAUCGAGACUUAUUUCCAGUGCUGCUCCCAGUCAAUCCGCAACCACUGUCGGGAGAGGGCAUCGUUCUUGCAAUCCCCAGUUGGAGCUUUGAUUUUGUUCCUGUCCUCGUUGACCGUAUACACUUGGAUGGCCGUAUGCACUGUGCCAUGAUGUCACCUGUCAUGGACCGGCUGUCUAUUUUGCGAGCCAUCGGGCAGGAGCCUAGGGACGAUGUAGUGGUUUAUGUCCGUGAUCACCCUUGGGUCUUGGGCAAUGGGCAAACUUGCCCACUCCAGCCGGGAGAUCUCAUUUGUGUCGCGAGGGUUGACCACGGUGCCAUUAUCACAAUGAGCUUGGAGGAUGCUCUCCUCUCGACCGAAGGAUGGCUCCCGGAGGCCCCUCUCCCAGGUUCAUACGAUGCCGCAUACCGAAUCAUCUGGGAUCACUGCGCUGAUGGUGUAUAUUCCCGGACGGUGCUUGCCGCGGUACCCGUUACUGUGCUCGCAGCUGCCGGGGACCCAGGCAUAGUCAUUGUCGACAUGCGACCCAUCCUGCAGGGUCUACAGUGGCAAGUUUUGGGUUCUCAAGGUUUCGACCUGGAAGCUUUCGUCCAACGUAUGCGACCGCACUGUCCAUCCGACUGUUUUGUGCAAGUCCGUGGAGGUACCGUGCGACACACGGCAUGGAGUACAUUCCUGACCGUUCCAUCUGGUGGCGUUCUGACUGUGCACUUUGUUUUGGCAGACUUUGAGAGUAGUGCUACUGAUGAGGACGGCCGGUCGGAACCAGGUGAUGAUGAGGAGCCCGGCGGCGAUGAGGAUUCCGAUGGAAGAGAUGCUGGCAACUUUUACAGAGGACAGAGCAGUUCAGGCGGUGCCUCCUCUGGGCCUGCGGCGUCUUCCUCCGAGUACGUUGGCUCAGCUUCACCCUGCGGCGAUGGUAGUUGCCUACGCCUCCCCUUUCUUGGAGUUGGUUUGCUGUGCUUUUGUGCGGCGUAUGCUGUUCUUGUUGUCGGUCGAGUAGCCAUGUGGAGCGCUGAGGAGCACCAACCUGCCCAUUCUGCUGGGCAUCAACGCCUCACCCCUGUCCUCCCGACAAAAGCAGAUGAGCCGCCUGCUCGCAACGACUCCUAUGAUUUCGCCUUUCCUGCUUACAAUUGGUGGUCGGCUUGGUGUGGGUCAGGUGUUGCAUGGUUCUUCCCUGGUGUCGGUUUUCGGCCGAGGGCUGGGAGGCGUGCAAGCGUACCUUGGCCAGCGGGACCCGGCAGCAGUUCAGGCGUCCCCUUUCGAGCCCCUUGGCUUUUGUUGUACGCGGCUGGUGGUCUCCUUUUGUUGGCGCGCCCAGUGCAAGGGGUGCAGUUCGUGCCUCCGGUCAUCGAAGGAGUUGACAGCUGUAGUGCUGACUGUGAAGUUCGUGACAUUGCAGAGCGAGGUUUUGUUGCCAUGGUGGCCGUGCUGUCUUACAGCGUGUCCCUACUCCGUGCCGUAGGCGAGUGCCCCUUGUUGAGCGUGUGCGAAGGGGGCGAGACUUGGCAGGACGCCAUUUGCGGCUGGUUUGCUCCAGAUGCAGUUGGUCCUACCCUUCUCGAGGUCUGUGUCAUGGAGGACGCUGCUCCCUUCUUCAUGGCCCGCACUCUCAUUGAAGCUGUGUGGGAAUUUCUGCAUGAAAACAACGCUUGCGUCUUACCCCUUCUGCCAGCGCUUGAUGAUGGUGCUGACAACGGUGGCAAGAUUGAGGAGGCAAAGCCCGCUAGAAUUCUUGUCUUGGAGGACCUGGUGCCUGAUGCAUCGGCCGUGUCAGCAGCAGACGUCGAGAUUUUUGAUUUGACAGAGGGCCAGUGCGCGUUGCCGUGCUCUGUCGGUCAGGCGCAGACCCUCUUUCAGAAGAUUGACUUGCGGCGUGUAAAUGCUGUGCCUUGCAAUGUUCCGAAGCCGGAGCGUUUUCAUGCUUGGGUCGCCGACGGGGCCGUGGGGAGGACACCAGGACCUCAUGAGACGCUCGUCCUUACAGCAGACGGCUCCUAUAACCCGGACACAGGGGCCGCAGGAUGGGCCGUAGUGCUCAGUGCUUCCAGUGAUGCGGCUCUGGAUGUGGGGCAGUUCAUUGGGUGUCUUUUUGGGUCGGUCGUCCCCGCUGUUGCUCCGGAAGGCAAUUCUGCAUACAUUGCUGAAGUGGUUGGGCUUUGGUGGGCGGCCGUGGUUGCUUUUCAGGUCCCGACACCGGUUGCAGUGCUGUUCCGUGCGGAUAAUCAGGCAGCCUUGGAUGGUGUGAGCGGAUCUGUGCAAACGCCUGAUACUGCUCUGUGCACUGCAGCGAGAAGUUUCCACAUGGCUCUGGACAUCCUUAGCAAUCAGGAGGCCGCCUAUCGGCAUGUCCGUGGGCAUUGUGGCGACGUGGCCAAUGAGCUGGCUGACGGACUCGCUAAUCUGGGCGCAGUUGGCCACGACCGUGUUGGGCCAUUCAUGAUGUCGCCGGAGGAAUGGCUGUCACAUGGGGCUGCCGCGGCCAAGUGGCUUCCGCAUGUUUGUUUGAGUACUGCACGGCCGAGGUCUUUGCCACAACAUCGAGAUAACUUAUUUGCGUGGAGUGCCCGACAAGCCCCGCCUGUGCUUACUCCUUCGCAACUUCUCCAUCCCUUUACUCGGGCCCUGGGGGCCCAUGCAGGCACCCCCUCAUGCAAGAGUCACGAGUUUAUGUGCCGUUGCGUGUCCUUCAAUGCCCUGUCCCUGCUGCAGCCAGACGCCCCGGAUAAGGGAAAGAGUGACGGCUUGUACGGGGCCGUUGGUCGUGUUGGACUCCUUGCAGACUCGCUGAAAAGUGCUGGCGUUUUUCUGGCCGGUGUCCAGGAAGCCCGCACUCCCGAGGGUUGCAGCCGGCAUGAGGCCUACACUCGGUAUUGCAGUGGUGCUACAGAGCGCAACUGCUACGGCGUGGAGCUGUGGAUUGCGCGGGGCCCUGAUUGGCCCAUGCACUCGUUCUCCGUCGGGCAUGCCGAUCCCUGUAGGCUGAUUGGUUCUUUGGAGUUCUCGGGGAUGGUGCUGAGUGUUUUUGUUGGCCAUGGGCCACAUCGAGCACACCCGUCGCAGACCAAGCAAGCUUGGUGGGCCGAGUCUUUGAGACUUUGCAGAAACUUCACAGGGCCACCCGACUGGAUUGUUCUCGUGGACGGCAAUUGCCGGGUUGGCUCCGAAGUCUCGUCUUUCGUUGGCGGACACCAACCUGAUCUUGAGGAUGAGUCAGGUGCUGCAUUCCAUGAACUGCUGCAACAGUUGAAAGUUUGGCUGCCUAGCACAUUUGCUUUUAGCAUGCAAGGUGGAGGAGGCACUUAG